CAUCUUGCGGGGCCGCCCGGGAACCGGAGAGAGCGGAGGGCCCGAGCGCGGAUCCCGCCGCCGCCUCCGCCGCCGCUAUGGUGCUGUUGGCAGCCGCCGUGUGCACAAAGGCAGGGAAGGCCAUCGUGUCCCGGCAGUUUGUGGAGAUGACUCGCACCCGCAUCGAGGGGUUGCUGGCAGCAUUCCCAAAACUGAUGAACACAGGGAAGCAGCACACAUUUGUGGAGACAGAGAGCGUGCGGUACGUCUACCAGCCCAUGGAGAAGCUCUACAUGGUGCUGAUUACCACCAAAAACAGCAACAUCCUGGAGGACCUGGAAACACUCCGACUCUUCUCUAGAGUGAUCCCUGAAUAUUGUCGAGCUCUGGAAGAGAAUGAGAUCUCAGAGCACUGCUUUGACCUAAUCUUUGCCUUUGAUGAAAUUGUCGCCCUGGGCUACCGCGAGAAUGUAAAUCUGGCGCAAAUUCGGACCUUCACAGAGAUGGACUCACAUGAGGAAAAGGUGUUUCGGGCAGUCAGAGAGACACAGGAACGUGAAGCAAAAGCUGAGAUGCGCCGUAAAGCGAAGGAGUUGCAGCAGGCCAGGAGGGAUGCAGAGAGACAUGGCAAGAAGGCACCAGGUUUUGGGGGCUUUGGCAGCUCGGCCGUGUCUGGAGGCGUGACAGCAAUGAUCACAGAGACCAUCAUUGAGACUGAGAAGCCCAAAGUGGCACCAGCGCCAGCCAGGCCUUCAGGUCCCAGUAAAGCCUUGAAACUCGGUGCUAAAGGGAAGGAAGUGGACAACUUCGUGGACAAGCUGAAAUCAGAAGGAGAAAAUAUCAUUACUUCUGUAGGCAAGCGCUCUGCAGAAGCAGCCAAAGUUCUCACUCCUCCCAUUAACAUGGAGAGCGUGCACAUGAAAAUAGAGGAGAAAAUCUCCUUGACUUGUGGCCGUGAUGGAGGGUUGCAGAACAUGGAGCUUCAUGGCAUGAUCAUGCUGCACAUCUCUGAUGAAAAGUUUGCACGUAUUCGCCUGCAUGUAGAAAAUGAAGACAAGAGGGGAGUGCAGCUACAGACUCACCCAAAUGUGGACAAGAAGCUCUUCACUACAGAGUCACAGAUUGGUUUGAAGAACCCAGAGAAGUCAUUCCCUAUUAACAGUGACGUGGGCGUGCUGAAGUGGAGGUUGCAGACUACAGAAGAGUCCUUCAUUCCAUUGACAAUUAACUGCUGGCCAUCAGAGAGUGGGAACAGUUGCGAUGUUAACAUUGAAUAUGAGUUGCAAGAGGAGAGCCUAGAGCUGAAUGAUGUGAUCAUUACCAUCCCUUUGCCGUCUGGUGUUGGCGCCCCAGUGAUUGGGGAGAUUGAUGGUGAAUAUCGCCACGACAGCCGGAGAAACCUCCUUGAGUGGUGCCUGCCGGUGAUAGAUGCCAAAAACAAGAGUGGUAGCCUGGAGUUCAGCAUAGCAGGGCAGCCAAAUGACUUCUUCCCAGUGCACGUCUCCUUCAUCUCCAAAAAGAACUAUUGCAACAUACAGGUUACCAAAGUGACCCAGGUAGACGGGAACAGCCCUGUAAGGUUUUCCACUGAAACCACCUUCCUGGUGGACAAGUACGAAAUCCUGUAAUGCUAGACAUGGUGACGCGCAAUGGAAGAAAUUUUUAAAUUAAAAAAA